UUGAGGCUUGAUGGCGACUUUCUUCGUCGACCAGCUAUUGAAGAAUAUUUGCAUGGUAUUCUUGAACCAUUGCAGGACUGGGCCCAAUAUUCGAAGAAGCAACAGCUGGUGAAAGCACUAGCGAAGCGAUUGAAACAUUGGAACCUCAGUGAACGUGAGCAGCCGUUGUGGAAAACGGACGAUUACAAAUUCGCAUCGCGCUUGUGGUACUACCCUCUGAAAACGUUUUCGGACCGAGAUCGUCCCUCACAGUGUCUUCCAGUGAAACUUUUGAGACAGCUGUCUCGACGAUUUGACCACUUCUUCAUGAACUAUGCAAUUCAAGCGUUUAGGGAACUUGUCGAGCUGUAUGAAGACAAAGGUAACUUCCGAUUACGUCGGGUACCAAGUUUUCCUGAAAAUCUCUUCAAAGCUAGGCCAAAGAUGACGCUCUCGCACGAGCAGCACGCGAAGCCCGCUCUUCACACUCCAACCACUUCAGCAACUGUUGAGAACGGUGCACUCUCCAAUGAACAUGGUCAGAAACUUCUGAAGCGAUCUCAUAUUUCCCAAGAAGUCAAUGAAGGCGAAUGGGAAAUCGAGUAUUAUAAACGCGUUAAAGAAGACUCUGCUCUUCCUGCGUAUUUCAAAACUACUUUCGGGAUUCUUGUGGCCAAUAAUCAAGAUCUUCGUGAUGAAAGAGCCUUCCUUCACUCACGUCUCUGUUUAACAUAG